CGCGGAGGUGGCUCGCGGAGUGGAGCAGGGCCCCGCGGCCGACGUCUGGGCGCUCGGCUGCACGAUCGUAGAAAUGGCCACCGGCCGCGCGCCGUGGAGCGGCAUGGGCGGCGACGGUCUGGCCGCGCUGCAUCGGAUCGGGUACACGGAGGCCGUCCCGGAGGUGCCUCAAUGGUUGUCCGCGGACGCGAAGGACUUCUUGGCCAGGUGCCUUGUCAGGCAGGCCGGCGACCGGUGCACCGUGUCGCAGCUCCUGGAGCACCCGUUCUUGGCCUCCGCCGGCAUCGUCGACGCGAAGCCGCAAGCCGUGGAGAGCAAAAGCAGAUGGGUGUCGCCGAAGACCACGCUGGACGCGGCAUUCUGGGAGUCGGAGUCAGACACCGAGGAGGCGGAGCACGAGAGCACGGCCGAGAUGAGAAUGAGAGCAUUGGCCCGCCCUGCAUCGGCGCUCCCGGACUGGGACUCGGACGAGGGAUGGAUCGAUGUGCUCUCCGGGCCAUCGGAAGCAGUUCCGGUGCCGGCCGAGGAGACGGCUGAACUGGACGACGCGAUCACACCAUGUGGAGAAGAGUCCGGCGUUCUCGACGCCAUACUCGUGCAGUAUAGCAGCUUCGUCAACGCGGGAGAGGGCUACGAUGAUUCAGUCCAGCAAAGUUGCAGUACGAGGCAUCAGUCUCUGGAGGAUUCAGUUUCUCACGAGUUAUCAUUGAGAACGAUGCCGGAGACCGAGCACCGCUUGCUCGCACGCGCCGCCACGGGCUUCGAGGUCGCCUCCCUCCGCGCACUCCUUGCCGGCACCGACCACCAGGCUGUGACCCUUUGGGUCUGCGCCAACCGGCUUGAAGUGCCAUACGUUGUGGGCGGAGGCCGAGUGCCGCCACAGCGGGCAUCGAGGCUACCUCUUUACGUGCAGUCCUUGACGCCGUGCUCCAGAUGA